AAGUGCUGGUAUUACAGGUAUCAGCCACUGCACCCAGCUGAGCCCAAGAGUUUGAGGUUGCUGUGAGUUAUGACACCAAAGGACUGACUCUAGUCUGGGCAAAAGAGUGAAACUGUCUUUAAAAAAAAAAAAAAAGAACCAAGUGUGGUGGCUCACACCUGUAAUCCUAGCACUCUGGAAGGCUGAGGCAGGUAGAUGGCCUGAGCUCAGGAGUUCCAGACCAGCCUGAGCAAUAGCAAGACCAUCUCUAAAAAAUAGCCAGGCAUUGUGUAGGGCACCUGUAGUCCCAGCUACUAGGGAGGCUGAGGCAAGAGAAUUGAUUGAACCCAAGAGUUUGAGGUUGCUGUGAGCUGUGAUGCCACCGUACUCUAACAAGUCUCGCCAAAGUGACACUGUGUCUCAAAAAAAAAAAAAGACUUUCUGUGGUUUCCAUGUGCAUGAGGUACUUGGGAGAAUUGGUGGCGGAAGCUGCUCUCGUCACUCAGCCUGACCAUGAGGCUGCUCAGCCUUCCGUGGAUGGGCGUCAGCAGUGAUGUGAUGGAGUUUGUUCCAGCGCCAUUCAUUUUGGCCUCCAUGGGAAGGGGGUACUCAGUGGGAAGGGCUCACUGGGAGGCUGGGUGACUCUGAGAGUCGAGGAAGCAACUGUGGGGCUGGCCAGGGAGGAACAGACCAUCCGGAGAGGGGUUCGGAGAGACUGGGGUUGUGCCCUGGUAUCCCCUGUGGGGGUCGGGCAGGCCUGACAGAUGGAGGCUGGUCACAUGACAACACUCAGCCAAAGCACCAAAGUGGGGCAGGUAAGAGGGGGUCAGGGUGGUCUGAUUUUCCACUGGUAUUUUCCAGGACAACCAAACUGCCAGUACCUCCGUCCUUUGAUUUUUCUCCUAGUGACACUUGUCUUGGUCCUUGCUGGCUAUUGGCUUCUGAGCCCCAGAAGUGAGAUUCUGGGGAGCCUGGGAGCAGGAGCCCGAGCAGCUGCUAGACAACCGGACAGCCUGGCCAUCAUCCAGCUGCCCAGGAUGGUCUACACCCAGCCUCAGGUGCUGACACCCUCUAGGAGGGACGUCCUGGUUGUGACCCCUUGGUUGGCUCCCAUCGUCUGGGAGGGGACUUUCAACAUUGACAUCCUCAAUGAGCAGUUCCGGCUCCAGAAUGUCACCAUCGGAUUAACUGUAUUUGCCAUCAAAAAGUACGUGGUCUUCCUGAAGCUGUUCCUGGAGACGGCGGAGAAGCACUUCAUGGCGGGACACCGGGUCAUCUACUACGUGUUCACCGACCGGCCGGCCGCCGUGCCGCGCGUGGCGCUGGGCCCGGGCCGGCGGCUGCAGGUGCAGCGGGUGCGCGCCUACGCGCGCUGGCAGGACGUGUCCAUGCGCCGCAUGCAGAUGAUCGCCGACUUCACCGAGCGCCGCUUCCUGCGCGAGGUGGACUACCUGGUGUGUGCCGACAUGGACAUGCAGUUCCGCGACCACGUGGGCGUGGAGAUCCUGUCACCGCUGUUCGGCACCCUCCACCCCGGCUACUACGGGAGCCCCCGGGAGGCCUUCCCCUACGAGCGCCGGCCGCUGUCCCAGGCGCACAUCCCGCAGGUCGAGGGCGACUUCUACUACAUGGGCGCCUUCUUUGGGGGGUCGACACGGGAGGUGCAGCGGCUCGCCAGGGCCUGCCACCAGGCCAUGACGGUCGACCGCGACAACGGCAUCGAGGCGGUGUGGCACGACGAGAGCCACCUAAACUGGUACCUGCUGCACCACAAGCCCAGCCGGGUGCUGUCCCCGGAGUACAUGUGGGACGAGCAGCUGCUGGGCUGGCCGCAGAUCAUGAGGAAGCUGAGGUUCGUGGCGGUGCCCAAGAACCACCAGGAGAUCCGCAAGUCUGAGCUCAAGAGCCCAGCGGCCCUGCCUCCCGCCCCGGGCACCGGGCACUAGGACACUAGGGUGUCCUGUUUUGUUAGGAGAAACAGCUGAAGCCUAAUCCUCCCCCCACCGGGCAUUCAGGAGGACCUGGCGCCAGUCCGGCAGACGCGCGCGCCUGCACAGACAGCACUGAGGCCGACCCCACCCACCCCAAGUUCAGCGCCCUUGGCCUGGACUCUUGACCUGGCCACCUGCUCCCCCUCCCCAGUCCCUCUGAGCGCUCCCAAGGCGCCUGCAGCCUCCAGGAGACAAGGGGGUCUCAGCCCCUCCUAACAAAGGACCAGGGAUGAAGGGCGCUGCAGGACACAGCCUCAGGAGGCCAGGGUGCCAAGGUGCUGGCUGGCCCAUGGCUUCAGCUUGUCUCAAAUACCUUCCUCUUCUCACAGACCCCUCCCAACCUGCGCCCCUCCCCUCAGAGAGACUCAAGCCGGACCUGGGAUGCGAGGGAAUAGCAGCUUUUCCGUGGGUGUAAACCCGCUCCUGUAAUUAUUAAGUCAAGAAACAGACUACAGGAGAUGAGAUGACAUGUAGCGAAGAUCUUUAUUUAGGGGUUUGAUUUUAUACCUUUCUAGUCACAUACACACUUAAUCUAUUAUCUAUUAGUUUCACCAUUACUUCAAUUUACCUAUGUGAAAUCAACUAAAAAGGAAAUAUCCUGUUACCACAUCAACACAAUCACUUUUUUUUUUUUUUUAAUUUUUUUUUUUUUGUGUAGAGACAGUUUCACUUUAUGGCCCUCGGUAGAGUGCCGUGGCCUUACACAGCUCACAGCAACCUCCAACUCCUGGGCUUAGGCGAUUCUCUUGCCUCAGCCUCCCAAGUAGCUGGGACUACAGG